GUUUGUAAAUGUUAUCGUUGUGUGUUGGAACUGUCAACUAGGGCUGCGACACUUUUUGAAAAGACGCGUUUAUUGUUUAUUUUGUUUUACAUGUGUAAAAAACAACAGAAUGUUUGAGAAGUAGUUAUAAAACCGUGAACCAAUUAGAUUGUUGCUAGAAAUGGAUUCUACUGUUCAGCAGUGUAUCGUUUAUGAAGCUGAUUCAUGGAAUUCUUUGUCUGAAGCAAUUGAAAAGAUACUGCAAAAUAAACCGAUUGGUUGGGUAUCAUUUGAGCAGAUGUACGCCAUUGUUUAUAAAUGUGUAUGUAGUGGAUCUGCAGAGAAGAUGCAUGGUGAUCUCCUAGAGCUCUGUUCUAAACAUUUAGAUGAAGUGGAACAAACCUUAAGGGAGAAGAAGACAGCUCAUUUUCAAAAUCAUGAUGAUGACUCUGUGAGCUUUGUUCUCUCGUUUCGUGAUGCGUUAGAACUGUACCUGAAUGCUGUUCCGCAGAUAACACCUAUAUUUGGAUUCAUGAAUAAGUUCUUUGUUGAAAUGAGACUCCAAACUACAUUGCAGAAUGAAUUGCUGGACCUUUUCAGAGUGCGAGUAGCCAACAAACAUAUAGAUACUCUAAUGAACAGUGUACGAGAUCUGUUAUCAAGGCCAUUUGCAGUGGAUCCUUCUGUACUAUUAGGACUGUUUGUACGGCUGCAUUCUUUGGGCCAUGGUGAUUAUGCACUGGCUUAUCCAGAUCUCUUUGCUCGAUACAUUCCUUGUGUGCUACCACCAAUGCAAGAAAGUGAUCUGGAAAGGCAUGUGACUGAAACAAAAGUUAUGCAGGAUCAGAUGCGUAUAGUACAACUCUCAGAAUCAGCUACUACCAUGCGGGGCAGUAAGCGUCGUGGGGAUGAUGAAAGUUAUGGUCCAUCUGCUGGUGUAGGUGCUACAGCAGUACAGGCUGGAACACCACAGCUCUACAACUAGUUGAGUCUAUCAACAUGAGAACAGUGAGCAAUUGCAUCUAUCUUCCAUUUUCCUACAUGUUACCAGCAGCACAAGAAGUGAGGAUGAGGAAUGAGCAGUUUCUCUCCUGAACAACAGUGUCUGUUCCAGA